AUGAUUAUAUGGAAACAUCUUAAUAUUUUUUUUCUUUUUCUUCUUGUUGAAAAAUGUACUUUAACAUCUCAUUUUCUCAUAUCUGGACGACAAGAAUUAAUGCUUGUUCCAUCCGUUGCAUUUCGUCAUCGUCCAGCUGCUAUGGAAUUAACAGCACUUGCUCAACCAACAGAUGAUUGGAUACUUUUUGCUGAAGGUUGGCUUUUUGAAGAAAAUCCAUUUCGUGCAAUGCUUGCAACAUCAAUCCUUGCAACAACGGUUCAUAAUAUUGAUAAAAAACGUUUAGCUUAUUUUACAGGAACAGGUAAACGUUAUAAAUCAUUAUGUGUUGAUGGUUUAAAACAUGAAAUGUGUACACGAACUGAUACACAUGGAUUAAUUGAAACACAAUUUCAAGUAUCGAAUAAUGAUAUUGAACAAUUUCGUGUACCUGGUGGUCGUGGAGGAAAAGUUGAAUAUUCUGUAUCAACAACAGAUAAAAGUCUUCGAGAAAAAGGUGAAAUAUUUUUAUGUGAUGAUCAUGGAAUAUCAGUUAUUAGUGAUAUUGAUGAUACAGUUAAAAUAACUGGUGUAACAAGUGCACGUUCUGUUAUUCGAAAUACAUUUUCAGGUGAAUAUAAAGCUGUACCAGGUAUGUCAGAACGUUAUCGUCAUUAUGAAUCAAAAUAUAAUGCAACAUUUCAUUAUUUAACGGCAUCACCUGAUCAAUUAUAUCCAUUUUUACGUGAAUUUUUUGAACGUGAAAAAUUUCCACUUGGUUCAUAUCAUAUGAGACAUUUUACAUGGUUUGAUUCAAAUUUUUUUCAAUUUUUUGCAUCACAAUCAUUUAUAAAACAAAAAACAAAUAUUUUACAUAUGUUUUUUCAAAAAACACGUGGAAGACAAUUUAUAUUAGUUGGAGAUAUAUUUCAAAAAGAUCCAGAAAUUUAUGCAAAUAUUUAUGAAAAUUAUCCAGAAAAAAUUUUAAAAAUCUUUAUACGUGUUUCAGAAAAAAAACUUACUAAUCGAUUAAAUCAAGUAUUUAAAAAUAUACCAAAAGAUAAAUGGGUUACAUUUGUUAAUGGUUAUGAUUUACCUGAAACUGUUUUUUAG